CCAGUCAAGAUGUGGUGGACUGUGUUGGCCUUGCUCUGCUGUUCUUGGACUGCACAUGGGAUCAACAGGGUCUCUCUGAGUCGGGUGGCCUCAGUGCGCUCCCUGCUCCGGGCCUCCAAUCGCCUGGAGGAAUUUGUGAGGGACCACCAGCCUGACAUGCUCAACCGGAGGUUUGCCCAGUGCUACCCGCCCGAGACGCCCUCUCUCAAGCUUGGCAGGAACAGCGAGAGGCUCUACAACUUUAUGGACGCCCAGUACUACGGUCAAAUCAGUCUGGGCACCCCACCACAGAACUUCACUGUGGUGUUUGACACCGGAUCGUCUGAUCUCUGGGUUCCCUCGUCUUACUGCAUAUCAGAGGCCUGUGCGAUGCACGAAAGGUUUGAGGCCUAUAAGUCCAGCACAUUCCACCACGAUGGCAGGAGGUUUGGCAUCCACUACGGCACAGGACACAUGCUGGGAAUAAUGAGUAGGGAGGUCCUCAAGAUAGGCUCUAUAACUGUGGAGAAUCAGGAGUUUGGGGAGUCGGUGUUUGAGCCAGGUUUUGUGUUCGUCAUGGCUAAGUUUGAUGGUGUGCUGGGUUUGGGGUAUCCCUCCCUGGCCGAGGAGGUGGGGAACCCUGUGUUCGACAGCAUGUUGAACCAGAAAUCAGUGAACCAACCCGUCUUCUCCUUUUACCUCAGCAAGAGUAAGCUAACAGGGGACCAUGAGGGAGAGUUGCUGCUGGGGGGAAUCGAUGAAACACUAUUCACUGGACCCAUCAACUGGAACCCUGUCACGGUGAAGAACUACUGGCAGAUCAAGAUGGAUGGCCUGGAGGUCCAGGGUGCCUCAUCGUUCUGCCCCCACGGAUGCCAGGCCAUCAUCGACACUGGGACCUCAGUCAUCACCGGGCCAACCGCUGACAUCCUCACCCUACAGCAGCUGAUAGGAGCCACGCCCACCUCUAUCGGGGAGUACAUAAUUGACUGCGCCAGGAUCCAGUCCCUUCCAGAGGUGACCAUUGUGCUGAACAAGGUGGAGUUUGUGCUGACGGCUAACUCCUAUGUCAGAAAGGAGGACCUGGGGGAUACUGAGAUCUGCUUCAGCGGGUUUCAGGCGCAGGAGAUGCCCUCCUUGUUGGGGCCUAUGUGGAUCCUAGGGGACAUCUUCCUCUCUGAGUACUACAGCAUCUACGACCGGGGUCAGGACAGAGUGGGCUUCGCUAAAGCCAGACACACACGCUAGACAGGGACUGUCAGAGGGAUGAAAGCAUGGCUGGAGGGAGAAAUCAAUGGAAGGACUGAUUGAGGGGUUGAUGGAUGGAUUUCUGAAGGAGGAAUGACAAUUACCAUUCCUCACCUCACGUCACCACGGGCAGUAUUGACAAAAGCGCUUAAUGGAAAUGCUGUUAGAAGAUGUCUGGCUAUUAAAGUUAUUAUA